AAAAGAGUUCUCAAAAGCGGUAAAGGAACUUUUUUUCCAAAGGAGAGGAGAAUCUAGGCAUACCAUUCAUCAUCUUUUUUUAAUUAAAUUUGAGCAGCUCCUUUCACAAUUUCCUUCUUCAUUUCAACGUUUGUCCACCUUGACCAAGUCUAUACUGCACGACGUUUCUUCAGGGUCCUUUCACGAUUUCCGUGAAAUUUUCCUCCUACAUCAACUGAGCCUAUCUGUAAAGCUACAGCGCUCCUUCAAGGCCGCAGGACUACAGUACCUUGGCAUCUGCUGUGACUGGCUGCCGUGCCCAACUGACUGCCCCCGUCAUCAGGAUGAAUAGUCUGCAAGUGCUCCUCUGCUGCAUGGCCCUCUGGGCUGCAAGCCUCUCUCAGACCACAGAGCCACCCAGAACACCGAUGCCAACUACAAUGGCCCCCGCCACCACCACAACGGUACCCCCAACUACCAACCCAGUAACUCCUCCAACUACCACAACAACCCCUCCCCCUAUCCCCACUACCCUAACUACCAAAACGACCCCAGCCACCACAACCACCCCACCCACCACCACGACCCCACCGACGACUACCACCCCUGCACCAACAACUACCACACCCCCUACCACUACCACCACACCCAAACCCACCACCACUCCAGCACCUACCACCACAACUACCACCACUACUCCACCACCAACUACCCCGACUACCACUCCCACCACUACCACCACUACCCAACCCACCCCUGUCCCAACAACAGGAGCCGUAGCGACCGCCGCCACCCUGCUGAGCUGUAUGCUUCCCAUGCUGCUCCUUCUGCUAUGGCAGUGAGCGCCCCCAAGUGGUGAUUCAAGAGAACUAAACAGCACUGAACUGGACAAAUUACUCAACCGAUCAACACAAUUUUGUGAUUGAAUUUAUUUUGUCUUCAUGGCUUUUUUUAAUGUUGUGUGUGACAUUUUUGUUUAACGGUGGGACAGAUGCUUUUAUGACUAACUGAAAUGUAGCUACCGUAUAUACUGCUCAGUAUAAAUAUGCAGAGUGCAUAUUAUCAUUGUAAGAGUCAUGCUCUUAUUUUUUUUUUAAAUCUCCCGGCUCUUCCCUAAUAUGAUUUUCGAACAAUGCCUAUGAAAUGCAAUGCAUGUUGUGGAGGUUAUUGUGAAUAUAUUGUAACACACCUAUCAACAUUUUCAUUUGUUCAUUAUAUUUUUAUGGUGACUGAUGUAACUUUCUGCAAAGUGCAAAUGAUAUUGUAUAUUUUUUUAAUUAAACAAUGUUGUUGUACAUUUCUCUUUAAUAGCUGUU